AUGGACUUCCUUUCCUUCUUCCGAAAGUCUAUGAUAGUGAAAGAGUAUGUCAAAGGAUGUUUUCCUCGUAGAGCUGCAGUAGUCGGUAGAUGUCUAUAUGUAAUGUCAGCUGUUGCAAUUCAUUCACAUGCAUCAUCUGUUACUGUUUUCAAUGGUACAAACUUCUCUGAAUGGCACGAGCAAGUUGAUUUCCAUUUAGACUCUAUGGAUCUCAACUUAGCUUUAUUAGAAGUUAAGCCCGCUGCUAUAACUGAUAUAAGUAGUGAGGCUGAGAAGUUACUAGGGUCUACUAUUCCACAAACAGAAAAUGCUAAAGAAUUUCUAGCAUUCGUGGAAGAUCGUUUUCGUUCUGCUGAUAAGUCUCUCGCUGGUACAUUAAUGGCAAAGCUCACGACCAUAAAGUAUGAUGGGUCAAAGAGUAUGCAAGAUCAUAUCAUCGAGAUGACUAAUAUCGCAGCAAGACUGAAGUCCUUGGGAUUGGCUGUGGAAGAUUCCUUUUUAGUGCAAUUUAUGUUGAACUCGCUUCCUCCUGAAUAUGGGCCUUUUCAAAUUAAUUAUAACACUAUAAAGGAUAAGUGGGAUAUUAAUGAAUUGGCUGGUAGGCUUGUUCAGGAGGAAACGAGGAGCUGA